AUGGAUCAAACUGUGAACGUUGACGAUGACGAUCAAUUAAACGCUCAAUCGUUCACGUCUAUUCCAUAUCAAACACAAGAAUGCAUACUUUAUGGAACAAUUUAUGAAACUUAUCUUCCGGAUCUUGAAAGAAGAUUAGCGGGCUUAUGCGAUCCUGGAAGUGAAGACUUCCAUGAGCACGAGAUGUCAUUCAGUUUACGGACAGGAAUGUCGAUGACGCCUGAUGUUACAAUAAAGCUGAGAAGAAGAUUUAAACAAGAUCAAGGCUUUUUAAAUUGUUGGAUGUUUAGAUAUAUUGGCGUGCCUGAACCAGAUCAAAAAUGUCCAGUUAUUGUACGGAAAGUCAUUGAUUCUUGCAGUUAUUCUCAUGAUAUGAUGACAUUCGCAAAAACGUUGGGACUUCGAAUGGAUUAUGAAUUUAUAACAAAAGGCACGAUUUGGACGACCGGAAAAAUAAAAAUAGUGACAAGUUGCCUUUAUCGCUCGGAUCGCCCUGGACAUUACGAUCAAGCGAGCAUAAAGAAGAUAUCGAACUCAGUGCUCGUUGAAAUGAGUAUCAAUCUCCCAGAAUCUGCUGAAUACAUGCAUGCUGCCAAACAAUUACGUGACUUUGCCGACCAGUUCAUGCCUUUGAUUUACAUGGAGAAAAUUGAUUACUGGAAAAAAUACUGUUCAACUGGUUCAGUUCAGCCGGCGGCCCAACCGAAUCCAAAUCCAUCAUGA